AUGAAUCUACUUAAAGCAGGCAAUGCUCAAAGCUUGAUCAAUCUUUUCAAGCACAAGCAAGUUGAAGAUCCAAUGUUCUUUUACACAGUGCAAGUAGAUCAAGAAAACCGAAUGACAAACUUUUUUUGGAGGGAUGGAAGGUCCAGACUUGAUUAUGAGUGCUUUGGGGACGUGAUUGUAUUUGAUACUACAUAUCGAACCAACAGGUACAACCUGAUUUAUGAUCCUUUUGUAGGGGUUAACCAUCAUUGGCAUAAUGUGUUGUUUGGCUGUGCUUUUUUAUUGGAUGAAAAGAUUCCUACAUUUCGGUGGUUGUUUGAGACAUUCUUAGAAUCCAUGGGAAAUCGAAAACCUGUGACCAUUUACACUGAUCAAUGUCAGGCAAUGGCAAAUGCCAUCUCCACAGUUUUUCUUGGGACAUGUCAUCGUUUAUGCACAUGGCACAUAUCAAGAAAUGCAACACUGAAGUUGGCAAGUUACUAUGCCAUUCGGGAGUUUAAGAAGUUAUUCAACAAGUGUCUUGAAGGAGGUGAGACAAAGUCUGAAUUUGAGUGUACUUGGAAUGAAAUGGUUUCAAAGUUUGACCUUGCAGAUAACACAUGGCUUAAGACCUUAUAUCAACUUCAUGAAAAGUGGUGUCCAGUGUUUAGGCUAGAUACUUUCACUGUCAGGAUCAAAGCUUCUCAAAGAAGUGAGAGUAUGAAUAAUGUUUUUCAUCAUAUGUGUACUAAACCAAUGAGGCUUACUGAAUUUGUGCAUCAUUAUGAUAAACAAACAAAUGGUAUGAGGUCACGAGAGUUGGAAGAAACUUUUCGAUGCAAUCAGGGAUUACCUUCCAGAGCUGCCAAAAAAAGUGGACUUUUGCUUCAUGCUGCUAAUGUCUACAUGAGAAAUUUUUUUAAAUUAUUCGAGACUGAGGUUAUUGAUAGUUUAGUAGUAAGAAUGUGUCAAACUGGAAGUGAUGGAACACUCCAAACUUUUGAGCUUAAUGAGGAGGGUCGCUAA